AUAUCGCUUCAUUUAAUAGAUAAAAAUGACAACCGUCACACUUUAAUUCUACAUCAGCAUCAGCUGCGUAUGUGCAUGAUGAAACAUAUGUUCAGUCAUUUAAUAAUAGCACACGACUUUGUUUCAUGAAAUGCUGACCUUUUCUUUUUUUUUUAAUUUCGUGUAAACGUAUCACACAUAUAAGAUUGAUUUUUUUUUGCUAUUAUCUUAAUUGAUUGACAUUAAAUAUGUAACUGUCAUAUAAAGACGACAUAUCUUAUUUUUUUCCUUCUAUUAUUUUUUACAUAAAGAUUUUUCCUGUUCUGUAUGUCUUCUAUCAAACCUUUUAUUCUUGACCUGUUGCUUCUAAAAAAAUUCGUUUAUUAAUAUAUUGAUAAAAAAGGGGAGAGAAUUUCAUUAUAAUUAUUUGGGAAUUAUUUAAAAAAUUAUAUAAUGUCAAAUUAUCCAUAUGAAUAUGUGAGAUGUCUAGAUAUGGAUCAAAUAGAAUCACCCCAAUCUCACUCUAUGGAAGGUUUCAUUCCACUUCUCAGCCUUCAUCAGGCAUGUGGUGCGCUCCUUUUACUUUUGGUAAUCAUAUGGACAAGUGUCUAUAGAGGAGGUUUCUCGUGGAAGUCUGAUCCGCAGCUUGAGUUUAACUGGCAUCCCUUGUUAAUGACUAUAGGAUUCGUGUUUCUGUAUGCUAAUGCUAUGCUUAUCUAUAGAACGCAAAGAAACGCCCGCAAACGCCGACUAAAGCUUACUCAUGCAGGAAUGAUGUUAUUUAUCAUAUUAUUAACAGUGAUUGCUUUAGUAGCAGUCUUUGACAGUCAUAAUUUAGUUUCACCUCCUAUACCAAAUAUGUAUACACUACAUAGCUGGGUGGGAUUAACAACUGUAAUAUUAUUUUGCUGUCAGUGGGUUGCUGGAUGCAUUUCAUUCCUCUUCCCUGGAUUACAAUCUUCAUUACGAGCCUCUUAUAUGCCAAUACAUGUAUAUUUUGGCAUUGCAGCCUUUAUUUCUGCGAUCGCAUCAUGUUUAUUGGGACUCAAUGAGAAGGCAUUCUUCUCAUUACGAGAUGAUUAUCAAAAGUUUGUGGGUGAAGGAAUACUAAUAAACUGUAUAGGAUUGCUAUUUAUAUUAUUUGGUGGCUUAUCUGUAUAUUUGGUAACGCAAGAACGUUACCGACGUUUACCAAGCCCCGAGGAUGACGUCUUGUUAUCUCACUAAUAAUCCACUGUUUCAUGUGAUUCGCAAUAUCGUACAUCAGAUACAAAAUCUUAAAUUUAAUAGAACAUACUACAAGUUUCUUCCUUAGCUCCUGUAAGUUUUAAUAUAAUUAAUAUAAUUUAAAUAAUACGAUAAGAAAUAAUUUAAAAUAAUUAAAUAUAAUUUAAUAUAAUUUCACACCAAUGUUGAUCUGUGAUUGGCACUUCA